AUGAAGGUCAAGGCCAUCAACCGGUCGGAGGAGGGGUGCACGCGGGAGCGGGCGCAGGACGUGCAGAAGGUGCACCGCAACCUGGACCCCGCGCUGCACCCGUUUGAGAAGGCCAAAGAAUACACGCGGGCGUUGAACGCGGCCAAGCUGGACCGUGUGUUUGCCAAGCCCUUCCUGGCCGCCCUGCCCCACGACGACGGCAUCACGUGCCUGGCCCGCAACCCGCGCCGCCUCAACUCCCUGCUGUCGGGCGCCGCCGACGGCGACGUGCGGCUGUGGGACAUCCCCGCCCGCCGCUGCCUGCGCCGCAUGGUGGGCCACACGGCGGCGAUCAAGGGCAUCAGCGUGACGCCAGACGGAGAGGCCGCGGUGUCGUGCAGCACAGACUGCACCGUCAAGCUGUGGAAGGUGCCGUUUGCGCCGUUUGACGGCGGGCCGCUGCAGGAGGACAGCCAGCCGGUGCUGGAGUUUUCGGGGCGCCACGCCUUCCGCUCCGUGGACCACCACUGGGGGCGCGCGCAGUUUGCGACGGCGGGGGCGGCGGUGGAGGUGUGGGACCACGAGCGCUCCGAGCCGGUGCAGACGUUCAGCUGGGGGGCGGACACGCUGACGUCGGUGCGCUUCAACCCCGCCGAGCCCGACGUGUUUGCCACCGCGGGCAGCGACCGCGGCGUGGCGCUGUACGACCUGCGCUCGUCCACCCCCAUCCGCAAGCUGGUCAUGCAGACGCGCACCAACGCGCUGGCCUGGAACCCCAUGGAGGCGUUCAACUUCACGGUGCGCAUCUUCACCUUCAACGGCGGGCACAGCCGGGACGUGUACCACACCAAGCGCAUGCAGCGCGUGUUUGCGGUGCGCUUCAGCGGCGACGGCACAUACGUCUUCUCAGGCUCCGACGACAUGAAUGUGCGGGUGUGGAAGGCAAACGCCAGCGAGCAGCUGGGCACGCUGCUGCCGCGGGAGCGCAAGCAGCUGCAGUACAACAAGGCGCUUGUGGAGCGGCACAAGCACCUGCCCGAGGUGGCGCGCGUCGUGCGCAACCGCCACCUCCCUGCCCCCAUCUACAAGGCCGCCAAGCUGCGCCGUGUGCAGCAGGACAGCGAGCGGCGCAAGACGCAGCACCGCAUCGCGCACUCCGCGCCAGGCAGCGUCAAGGUCAAGCCGGCGCGCAGGAAGAAGGUGGUGGCAGAGCUGGAGUGA